AUGGAGAACGUCACGUCGAGUCCGCUCACUUCUGAGAACCUCACGGCCUCAGAGGAACCCCUCUUCGAGGACUCGGGCCCCACCACCUUCGCCCUCCAGGUCUUCAGCAUGGUCAUCUACUCCUUGGCCUUCCUCCUGGGCACGGUCGGCAAUGGGCUGGUCAUCUGGGUGGCCGGCUUCCGCAUGACCCGCACGGUCACCACCAUCCUGUUCCUCAACCUGGCCAUAGCCGACUUCAUCUUCUGCUUCUUCCUGCCCAUCAGCGUGGCCCAAGCGGCCCUGGACUUCCACUGGCCCUUUGGCUGGCUGGCCUGCAAAUUCUUCCCCACCCUGGCCACCUUCAACCUCUUCGCCAGCAUCUUCCUGCUGACCCUCAUCUCCAUGGACCGCUGCAUCUCCAUUCUCCGGCCCGUCUGGGCCCGGAAUCACCGCACCCCGAGGCGGGCGGCCCUGGGGGCCGGGGCCAUCUGGCUCCUGGCCCUGGUCCUCUGCCUCCCGACCCUGAUCUACAGAGACACAGUGACGGAGGAGGACGGCUACGUGGCCUGCUUCUUGAACUUCGACCCCUGGAAUGAGACCGCCGAGGACCCCGAGCUUUUGCUGACGAAGGUGAUCCCGAGGCACAAGGCCCAAGUGGCCAUCCGCUUCACGUUCGGCUUCGCGGUGCCUCUGGUCAUCAUCUGCAGCUGCUACGGCCUGAUCGCGGCCCGGCUCCGGGAGGGCCAGACGAUGCGCUCCAACCGGCCCUUCCGCGUGCUGGCCGCCGUGGUGGCCGCCUUCUUCUUCUGUUGGUUGCCCUUCCACGUGGUGUCCUUCGUGGAGCUCUUUAUUCAGCUGAACAGCUUGGAGGAUACGGGCCCCUGGUUGGAGGUCGUGGGUUCGUUCAGCAGCAGCCUGGCCUUUGUCAACAGCUGCCUGAACCCCAUACUUUACGUCUUCAUGGGCCGGGACUUCCGGGAGCGGCUGCUCCGGUCUCUGCCUGCCUCCCUGGAGCGUGCUCUCGCGGAAGAGUCGGCCGACACCGGCUUCAAGGGGAGCAGCUUUGUGUCCUCUCCCCAGGAAACCGAGUCCCAGGAGCUGUGA